AUGGCUGAAACUGGAAAAAAUAAACAAACUUCCCCUUCUGAAGCUUCAAGUAUCUCGGCUACAUCGGACGGCGGUGGCAGCGACAGACCAUUGUCGACGAUGAAGAUGGAGAUGGUUGUUGCCGAAGAAAUCAGCAGUGAGGAUCGACAGUCGCAGGAGUCGAACUCACGGCUGUUGUUGGAUCUCAAGCUAUCUAACAAUGAGAAUUCUGGUAAUAAUGGCGCGGCGGAGACGGUGACACCGGUACCGGCAAUGACAGCGGGGAAUAAUUCAUCUUCUUCUCAAGGUUAUACAACAAAUGAAUUAUCUUCAAAUUCAAAAGGUAGGGUUUUUUCAUGCAACUUUUGCAAGAGGGAAUUUUCCACCUCUCAAGCUCUAGGAGGCCACCAAAAUGCACAUAAGCAAGAAAGAGCCAUGGCCAAGCGCCGCCAAGGAAUGGAACUCGGUAGCGGUGCCAAUGUCGUUGCUGGGCCAUCGUACUUGGCGUCGUACUACAGUCCAUAUUCCUCCCUCUCGCCUCAUCCACUCUACGGAUCGUCGCUUGGGAAAUCGCUUGGUAUACGAGUGGAUUCAAUGAUUCACAAACCGUCUUCGUAUCGGUGGCUGGGGUCUCCUACGCUACAGUUUCACGCUGGAGUCGACGGUGGUUGGGCUUCUCGGCCGGUGAUGGUGAAUAGUAGUAGCAGUAAUAAUAAUAAUAACAAUAACAAUUCAAAGUUAUUGGCAUUUGAAAGACUAAAGAUGGAGGGAAUUCAAGCUCACAACGGUGGGUUUCGAUUGUCAACUGCUAUAAAUGCAAAUGAAUCAACGAGAAGAUUUGAAGAAGAUGGGACGACUUCGAUACCGAGUCUGAAUCGUUCCGAGCCACCGGUGUUGAAGAUGGAUCAUCAUGUGGAAACAGAAAGCCAUGAACUUGAUUUAACACUAAGGCUUUAA